AUGGAAGUUCGAGUCCCACAGGUGUCAACUUUUUAUUUGUUUGUUUUUGAUCAGAUUUCAGAAGUACUUUUUCUCAUCAGUUCGAAAAAAAAAUCACAAAACAGCAGAACUUUGAGGAUUAGUUGUUUUCGUUCAGAGUCAGCAGAAAACGUUCGAAUUGAAAGCUCUUUCUUCUUCAGAGACAGUUCCAAAGGCCCUGAAAUUUCGAUAAGGGAAAAAAUGCCGAAUUCAGUGCAACAGGUCCGGAAACGCUGA